CGAGAGGAAGAUGUCAGGAGGGAGAGCGAGGCAGUGAGAGCUGGGAGCCUGGGAGAGAUUGUGUCCGCCAUUCCCUCUCUCUCUCGUCCCCUCCUACCGAGCCUCCUUCGUAUCCUUCAGCCUCCAUCUUGUUUCUGCGGGAUUCCUGAAGGAUUCCUCUCUCCUGCGGCGUCCUCAAGGCCACGGACACAGUAAAGACACCUGGAGACGAAGGCGGCAGAGAGAGAGAGGCACCGACUGUCAGGUUCCUCCCAGCUCAACACAACACUACCUCGGCCCCCUACCCCUUCUCCUUCCCGCCCCCCUGCACGUGUAAAGGCUGCUGGUGAUGGCGCGGGCGUGGGUGUGGGCCUGGCGCUGCGUGUGGGGUGUCUCUCUGCUGGUUUCUACAUUUGCUCAAGAACUUGAUAAUGAGAAUUCAGUUUUGGCCGUGUACAUGGAAUCAAUGCUACUGGCGGGGACUCGAGGCGACACUCAGCAGGUAAUCGAGAAGGCGGUGGCGGACAACCAGGGCAAGAUGAUGAGGGGGUCAGUGAGGGUGCAGAUGGUGGACACAAUAAACGAAACAAUGGCGGCGGAUGUGACGGCGGUGUUGACCCUCGCCUCCUGCCCCGCCACUCAUCAAUGGGGCAUGAAACUGGCGGAUAAUCAGAAACUCCAUAUUGCUCUUACUGAGUCUGGGUGCGGGAGGAUCAAUCGAGGCGCUGCCAUCACUGUUCCCAUCACGACCGGCGCUAAUGACCUCGCCCAGGUGUUCAAGGACAUGAGGAGAAGCGGGACCCUCACCUGGGACGACAUCACGGUGAUCCACGACGACAGCAUGAGUAACUUGGAGAUACAAAGAAUCGUCAACUUGUUAGCGGAGGAGACCCCGACGAACAAAGAGACAUCCAUCACUAUUCUGGACCUGUCAACCACACCAUCCACCAUGAAGCGGAGGAGCAUGUUCUCCGCCUUCCGGCCCCGCCCCGGCGAGCCCAAAGAGAAGCAGUUCCUGGUCAUCUGCUACAAGGACGCCCUGGCGGAGAUACAGGACAUGGCUCGCUCGUUCAACCUGAUGGGCCCCAAGAACCAGUGGCUGUUCACGGUGCCCAACACUCACUCGCUCAAGUAUGACAUGUACGCUUUCCUCGCCAACAUGAAGGACGGAGACAACCUGGCCUUUGUGUACAACAUGUCCGAAAUAAACCCCUCUACCUCCUGCCAGAAUGGCCCUGACUGUUACAUUCGCCUGCUCAUCUCUAACUACAUGACAGCCACGUCGGAGGCACUCAUGAAGGAGCAUGAAAACUUCCUGCAGGUGUCUGAGGAGGAGUGGGAGGAGGUGAAGCCGUCGCCAGGUGCUCGAGCUAGCAAGAUUGUGAACAUUAUGAAGAUGGCGAUGAAGAAGAGUAACGAGUGCUCCAAGUGUACCGCGUGGGGCAUACAGGCGGUGGAGACCAAGGACGUGGACAGUUUUGAGCUGCUGAAUGUCGCCGACUGGGCUCCCUUGAACGGUCUGAUGCUGUACGAUGACCUCUUCCCACACGUCACAGGAGGGUUCAGGGGCCGCACUAUUGCCGUGACCUCCGUGCAUUACCCGCCGUGGCAGAUCUUCGUGAGGGACUCUUCGGGGCGCGUGGUGAGGGAGGAGGGGCUUAUGUUCGAGGUGCUAAAGGAAAUGGGAGCCAAACUCAACUUCACAUACGUGGUAAGGCCUCCUCCUGACGGUCAGUGGGGAAUGAUGGACAGCAGCGGCAAUUGGAAUGGCAUGAUGAAGAUGGUGCAGGACAAGGAGGUGAUGAUGGGCGUGGCAGCCUUCACUGUGUCAGACAAGAGGAUGAGGGCAGUCAACUUCACGGCAUCCAUUGACCUGCAGCCCUACACUUUCAUGAUCUCCCGCCCCCAGGAGCUGUCCAGGGUCAUGCUGUUCAUGGAGCCCUUCGCUAACGACACGUGGAUCCUUAUCGCCAUCACUGUGGCUAUCAUGGGUCCUAUCCUGUUCUUCAUUAACCGCAGCUCGCCGUACUACACUUACUACGACCUAUACGACGGCAAGGGUCUGUUCAAGCUGCACAACUGCUCUUGGUACGUCUACGGCGCCAUCCUGCAGCAGGGCGGCACCAAACUUCCCCUCAGCAACUCGGGUCGUCUCGUGGUCGGGUUCUGGUGGAUCUUUGUGUUGAUCGUCGUGACCACGUACUCGGGGAACCUCGUGGCCUUCCUCACCUUCCCUCAGAUCGAGAACCCGGUCAACACCCUGGACGACCUGCUCAAGCUGAAGGACACCAUGAGCUGGGGCUAUAUCGGGGGCACCAUUCUCGACGAGUACUUCGGGGAAGCAGAGGGCAAGUUCCUGCAGGUGGGUGAGGAUGCAGAGAAACACGAGGACUCCAAGAGGGCCGAGCUGUACAACCGGGUGCGUUACACAGACCACGCCUUCUUAGAGUGGAAGACCAACCUUCUCUUCAUCAUGCAGGACGAGCUGUUUGCCACCGACACCUGCGACUUCUCCUUGGGACGUGAGGAGUUCUACUUCGAGAGUGUAGCCAUGACGGUGCCCAAGGACAGCCCUUACCUGGACCACUUCAACGCAGAGCUGAAGAAGAUGAAGCUGGGAGGACUGAUACAGAAGUGGAAGCAGGACUACUGGCCCAAGAAGAACAAGUGCUCCACCACAGCCUACGGCGGAGGGGACGCCACCAGGACUGUCUCCCUGUCUGACAUGCAGGGCUCCUUCUUCCUGCUGUUUAUAGGGUUCAUGCUCGCCGCCGUCAUCAUCACCGGAGAGUGCAUUAUGCGGAGCCUCUUCGGUAAAAGCCAGCCCGGCUCCCGCUCCAGCACGGGGACGCUGGUCAAGCCGUUCAUGGCUUAGAGACCUCGAAUUCCUGCAGAACAUGUUGUCCUUCACCCUGCGCUCUUCCUCCCCCAAGCCGUCCUCCCCAGACUCCAAAUCCCACCUCGCCCCGCACUUCCGCCCCAUCUCUUGGCGCAGCACCCGCCGCCCCAGCCUUUCCCUGCCCACCGUGCCGCCGCCUGAUCUACCGCACUUCACCAACCCGCCAGUUAUUCACGAGUACCUGGUGCCAGCCCUCGUCACCACCCAGCGCCGCUCACUUUCCACGCCCCCCAGCUCACGCCAUUCGCCACGCCGCUCAUCCUCCAUUCACAUCAGCAUUCCUCACGACUACCCCACCACGCCGCCCCCCACCCCCCUCACCUGAGUCCAGCUUGAUGCUUUUCGAAUGAGCCUCCUGCUGACCACUACCACCACCAGUGCCUCCGUCUGUAACUGAUCCCGUGACACUUACGCUGCUUGUGUGAUGCUGCUACUGUACUGCACGCUGGUCCCAGCACCUUGCCACGCCAUGUCCCUGCACCCUGCCACGCUAAGCCACUGUAUUUUGCGGCACCACGCCCUUACAUUUCACACUGGACACCCUAUUAAGAGUGACAGGAGUUUGUUAUGAGGAGCCCAAUAUUUUAAGACUCUACCUGCCUUGAUGUGUUUGUGCCUUUGAAAUGCCUUUGGUUGUUGGUGACUCAUUCGCUUUCAGAAUAUUGAUAUUAGAAUAAACACGCAUCGGAAUAACAAAAGCUAAAACAUGCCUAGAUAUACCAGAACUCAUAAAGUAAUGCACAUAAUACAGUUCCAGCCUACCAGUUGCUUCAUUACUCGUCAUGGUCAUGGACUGUGUUAGUGAAGCUGCUUACGUCAGCCAUGUUAUCCAUCAAGCAAAGCCAUCCACUGACUUGAGGGUGCGAGUAGUAAGUGAUGUCAGGAACACAGCACUGCCAGGUGGUGACGCUUCACGCCGCGACGUCAAGACAGGCAGCCAGCAGCCCUUUGAGUGCAUGGAUAUAAGUAACAUAACAUUAGGGAAGAUACAAGAAGGCCUACAGUAGGAUACAAUAGCCUACACGAGGCAGUCUCAGCCAGUGUGUAGUCACUUUACGUAGGGUGUUUGCUUCGUUCCUCGCUUUCCCUCUGCACGCCUUCCAUCGCUCCCUACACGCACCUGUUACCACAUCACACACACACACACACACACACGCUUCGUGAUACCCACUCGCCUGCCUCAAAGCACACCCAACGCUCAUGCACCUGAUUUUCUACCCACAGCCUCGACCCACACCUCGACCAAAUUAACCGACCUUUCCCUGCCAGCCAGCCCACCCCGUGUAUACUGCUCCCCUCAGCUGGCUCAAUCUCUGUGUACUGUUACCUCUACCCCUCCCUGGUCUACCCAUGGUCAGCUGGUCACAAGAGUCUCGGGGCAGUGGACGGCCCUUCCCUGUGUGGGCGCGGCGCCACUUAGUGCUGUAGUUGCCGCCUCACUGUAAUCUUGCAAUAUAGGAAAUAAUAGAUAGUAAAUGUAACCAUAUUUUACUACAGUACCUAUUAUAUAUAGAAAUUAUAUGCCAUGUAUAGAACGUAGACUAAUGUGAUAGUGAAGGGAGAGGCAAUACUGUGCACUGUGUCUAGUCAAGAGUGAGUCGUAUAAAAUACUACGUAAGGAAACCUGUCAUUGUUUGUUUGAUCGUCUCAUGUGUUCGGGGGAAGGUUGUGCUCAACCCUUCCCUCACUUUCUGGACGGGAAGGCUCCUGCUGGACGCGUGCCUGGCUGCCAGCCACGAGGCUCUUACAUUUCUCUUUCUCAGUUCAUGGAAUACAUUAUUACAUGAAGAGCUAAACAUAACUUUUAUAUGCAUGUACAAACUGUCGAGUUUUUAAUUUUCUUUUAAUUACAAUUUUGUAAGUCCCUCGUCCUCGUGUUCAUCCCGUCCUGAGCCUCCCCUGGGGCGCCACGCGCCACCAGUGCAUGGCGGCGUGAAGACAGUAGAGGCAGUAGUGUGUUCACACCUAGACAUAGAUUGUAUAACGCUCAUGUUGAUGUUCAUGUUUGGGUAAACUGUCCAGAGUGUCCGGCAACACCCGCUAGCCCUCCGCCACACACGGGCUGCUCGGACUGCACCCUUCGAAAUAGUCUUUUUUCUGGAAUUU